AUGAAGUCCGCCGAGAAACAAUCUCAUGAUAUCGAGUUGGAGGGACCAGGCGAACGCGAGGGGGUCGCGGUGGAUGAAGGCGGUAUAGGUAUAUGCCCAUCGACCCCACCCUUGCCCGUGUUGAGGAACAUGUUGUCGCGCUGGAAUGUAAAGAUCGAGGGGCUCUCAGGCCUGGAAGCUCGUGGCAUCGCCCGCGUCCUGCCCGAGGACAGGAAUCUGUUCAGAGGCCGGUCGGACUAUAAGGGAAUGUUCACGUUGUGGUUUGGCACGAAUUUGUGUGUUCUCACUCUUAUUCCGGGUCUUCUCGGCCCGUUAAUUUUCAGCCUGGGCUGGGUCGACAGUGUCUGCAUCGUCAUCUUCGCCAACGCCUUGAGUGCUUGUGGACCAGCAUACAUGGCUACAUUUGGAGCGGCGAGCGGGAACAGGACUAUGAUACUGAGCCGCCAUUUCAUGGGCUACUGGCCCUCGAAACUAACAUGCCUCUUGAAUAUCGUUAUGCAGAUUGGCUGGGGUACCGUUGGCGCCAUUGUGGCCGGUCAGAUGCUCUCGGCUGUGAGCGGCAAUGGCUUGUCUGUCGUUCCGGGAUGUGUUAUCGGCGCUCUCGGUAUAGGCGUCAUUGCCACUCUUGGAAUUGGCAUAGUCCACACUUAUGAGAGAUACGCUUGGAUACCGCAAGCCUGCGCCCUAUUUAUCCUUGUUGGCUCCUCAGGUGGCGGAUGGAACACAGGAUUGGCAUCGGUUGGCUCGUCUGCUACUAUCGCAGCGAACAGAUGCUCCUUUUUCGCUCUAGAGUUUGGGGUGGUCGUGGGCUUCUCGGCCGUUGCCGCCGACUUGUACGUGUACUAUCCUCCUGGGAUAUCCAAGCCGAUGGUUUUCUUGAGUACCUGGUCGGGCCUGUGGCUAUCUUCGCUCAUUGCCGGCAUUAUCGGCGUUGGUAUCGGUACGGGGGUACCGACCAAGCCCUCCUGGGCCGAAGCUUACUCCGUUUCGUCCGGCGCCCUUCUGCUCAAGUGCUACAGAGGACUCGGUGGACUCGGUGGCGUGUGCGUGGUAAUCCUCGCUCUCGGGAGUAUAGCCAACAAUGCACCAGCAACAUAUGCGGGGGCGAAUACCUGCCAGGUCUUGGGACGCUACGCCAAAGCCAUUCCUCGGUGGGUCUGGUGUGUGAUUUUGGUUUCAAUAGAGCUCAUAUGCUCAGUCUCUGGUCGCGAUAACCUAUACGGCAUAUUUGAGAACCUACUUCCAAUCAUGAGUUACUGGGUUUGCCCAUGGCUGGCCAUUGUCCUUGAGGAGCACCUGUUGUUCCACUCUCUCUGUGGUUUGGAGUUUGACUGGACUGCGUGGGAAGACAGAGACAGACUUCCAGUCGGAUUGGCCGCGCUGGUGUCCUGGCUCGUAGGUUGGGCAGGUGCACUUCUGGGAAUGAGUCAGGUCUGGUACCAAGGAGCCCUCGCACAGAUGAUUGGAGACAGCGGAGGUGACAUUGGCGCAUGGGUUGCAAUAGCGUUCGCGGGUAUCACUUAUCCACCACUUCGAUAUGCCGAGCUUAGGAUUUUCACUGGCAGGUAA